AUGACCUCCUCCGGCGAACUAGAGGCCCCGAUGCACACUUUUGCGCAGCCAUUCGGGGUCGCUGUCUCUGUCAGACGCAGGUGCCCUGCCGGAAGCAUUACGCGCAAUAAAGGUUCUGGCGAUGCCUCGGCCUGUCCGCCUCCCCUUCGUGUCCACGUUGGCCAAAGCUUUUGCUACUUCCCUUCUCCCCUCUGUCCGUGCCCGCCGUCUCGUCCAAAAAUGGAACGCAAGUGGAAAUGCAAACCCGGGGAAGCCAACGCGGUUUCCCAGGUGCCAGUUUGCCGUUCCCCCACACCUUCCUCUCCCUUGAACGCAAGGUUGUUUGCACUGGCCACACCUCGAUCCUUCCCGCCAAUCUCCGGUGCCGCUCUGGGCUUCUCAGCACAGUAUCCCAUUUGCUAA